AUGUUGGAGAGGUGGAGCGGCGGCUACGGCCAAUCGCGGCGGAGUUUGGAUGUCGGGAGUCGCCAUGUCCACUGUCCACAGAGCUACGAAAUGGGGAGCAUUCGAUGGGGUUUAAGAAAAUUUCGUGGUGAAAAGUAUGAAUUCCCGCUCCAACUAAACGACUCGUUACUCCUCGACCGGAAACCAAACUCCUCGACGACACAACUACAGAGCUUCGUAAAAUUCGCCGACAAUCUACUCAAUGUCACCCUCCGUAAAGCCAUCUCCGUACAAUCCCUAGUCGUAUUCUGCAAAAGGCUCGACGAUGCACGUCCUGUCGCCGCCUGGAUUUCCUCCGCGUUGCUCCUCGGCAUACAGAGAUUGGACGUCCACAUCAGCAGCCGGCUCAGGCACCCGUCCGCUUUGCUCCACAGCCUUAAUGGGUCCAAUCUUGGUGCACUUUACCUGUGGGUCGAUCUCGGGCCCAGGCCCAACCCAAUUCCAAAUGGGCUCGUUUUCAGUUUCCCCAAACUAAAAGUCCUAGCUUUCCACUGCACGAGUUUCAAACUUGUUAACUCGGUUUUAUCGGGCUGCCCUGUGCUUGAGGUCUUAGUCGUGAACUGCGAUCCUUCUUGCUUCCAGGAAGAAAGGCUUUUGAUACGUGUUCCUUCGCUUAAGGUUCUGUGGUUGCGUAACACGAUGAACGUUAUUUUCUGCGUGCUCCAGCUCGAUUCCCCUGGCCUUUUGCACUUCUAUCAUUAUGGGUACAUGCCGGUUUUUUAUCCGGCUAUGAAAAUGAGACCCAUUUCCGCCACUCCUUGCAGCAAAUCCUCCGGGAUUCUCAGGACCUCGUUCUUCGAAGAAACGCCGCCCGGACCCACAGGGAAGGAGCCAAGACGGGACGAUACCUCGAGUGUCGCUGCAGAGGCCGCUCCCUCUACGACAAAGAAUGGAGCUAGUGGGGCCCCGACAGUGGCAGCCGCGGGCGAGACUCAAUACGGGCCAUGGAUGAGAGCCAAAAUGGGCACCAGACCCCAACUGUGGCUAAAAAAGGGAGACCCCAGCACCCACCAUAAGAGCAACAGGGUUGGCGGUGAAGUCUCGGGCUCGAGAUUUGCCUCGCUGGCAGAUGCAGAGGGGGAUGAGUUGAACACCGACCACGUAGCUCCCACAGCUGCCCAGGCAUUUACGAGUCUUACCAAGGGUAAAGGCGUGUUUGAGGCACCGGUGACGAGCUUUCAAGCAGGUCGAGGGGGUGCUACUAGGACGGUAAACCAUGGGGAAUCAUCUUCCACGGGUAAUGGCGGUUGGCAGCUGGUCAGGAACAAAAAUGGUAAGACCGGGAGAGUAGGUAGUGACAACUCUGUGAUUCGCAAGGGUAAGAAAGACGUGUCCACUACCGUGCCGAUUGUGAAACCAAAUAGCACUAAAGGAUCAGCUCACAUGCGUGCGGAAGACCAUAACCAAACUGCUGGUGCACAAACCAACCACCAUAUGAACCCACUUCAUGGUUCUAUCUCCCAAAACGUGUUUUAG